AUGGCAGCCACCACCACAGCCGGAAAGCACCGGAUCCCCAAAGUGGCCAAGGUGAAAAAUAAAGCCCCUGCUGAAGUGCAGAUCACAGCAGAGCAGCUUUUAAGGGAAGCUAAAGAAAGAGAGCUUGAACUUCUUGCCCCACCUCCGGAACAGAAGAUCACAGAUGGAGAAGAAUUCAGUGAUUACACGCUGAGGAAAAGAAAGACUUUUGAGGACAAUAUAAGGAGGAAUCGAACGGUGAUUAGCAACUGGAUCAAAUACGCCCAAUGGGAAGAGAGGCUGCAAGAAAUUCAAAGAGCGCGUUCCAUAUACGAGCGUGCCUUAGACGUGGACUGCCGAAAUAUCACUCUCUGGCUGAAAUAUGCAGAAAUGGAAAUGAAAAAUCGACAAGUCAACCAUGCCCGAAAUAUCUGGGAUCGGGCCAUCACAACUCUUCCCCGGGUCAGUCAGUUCUGGCACAAAUAUACUUAUAUGGAGGAGAUGUUGGGAAACGUUGCUGGAGGCCGGCAACUAUUUGAACGCUGGAUGCAAUGGCAGCCCGAGGAGCAAGCCUGGCACUCCUAUAUCAAAUUUGAGCUGCGAUAUAAAGAGGUGGAUCGGGCACGAGGCAUUUACCAAAGAUUUGUCCUCGUGCACCCAGAGGUGAAGAACUGGAUCAAGUAUGCUGUCUUUGAAGAAAAACAUGGCUACUUGGCUCAGGCCAGGGAAGUCUAUGAAAGAGCUGUGGACUUCUUUGGAGAGGAGCACAUGGACGAAAAUCUCUAUGUGGCCUUUGCCAAGUUUGAAGAAAAUCAGAAAGAACUGGAACGGGCUCGAGUGAUCUACCAAUAUGCGCUGAACAGGAUUUCGAAGCACGCAGCCCAAAAGCUCCUUCAAAAUUACACAGUCUUUGAAAAGAAAUUUGGGGAGAGGCGAGGUAUUGAAGACAUAAUUGUGAGCAGACGGAGAUUCCAGUAUGAAGAGGAGGUGAAGGCCAAUCCCCACAAUUACGAUGCCUGGUUUGAUUAUUUACGAUUAGUGCAAGGGCAUGCGGAGGGACCAGACACCGUGAGAGAAGUGUAUGAAAGGGCAAUCGCCAACGUGCCACCGAUACGAGAGAAGAAGCACUGGAAGCGCUAUAUAUACCUCUGGAUCGCCUACGCACUUUAUGAAGAGUUGGAGGCAAAGGAUCCAGACAGGACCAGACAGGUCUAUCAAGCUUGUCUGAAACUGAUUCCUCACCAAAAGUUUACAUUUGCUAAAAUUUGGUUACUGUAUGCCCAGUUUGAAAUCAGACAGAAAAAUUUACCCUCUGCCAGAAGAGCUUUGGGAACCUCCAUUGGCAGGUGUCCCAAAAGCAAAUUGUUUCAAGGCUACAUUGAAUUGGAGCUUCAGCUUCGAGAAUUUGACCGGUGCCGGACACUUUAUGAAAAGUUCUUGGAAUUUGCUCCAGACAAUUGCACAACAUGGAUCAAAUUUGCCGAGUUGGAGACAGUUCUUGGAGAUGCGGAGAGAGCCCGGGCGAUCUAUGAGUUAGCAAUUGGCCAGCCACGCUUAGACAUGCCAGAGGUGCUUUGGAAAUGUUACCUUGAUUUCGAAACCGAGCAAAAGGAAUUCGAAAAGACAAGACUUCUCUACCGGAGAUUGCUACAACGAACACAACAUGUGAAGGUAUGGAUCAGUUUUGCCCAAUUUGAGCUGUCUGCAGGAAAUGAAGAAAGGUUCAGUCGAUGCAGACAGAUUUAUGAAGAAGCCAACCGAAAGAUGAGAAACAGUGAAGAGAAGAAAGAAAGACUCAUGCUAUUAGAAUCCUGGCGAAACUUUGAAGAUGAAUUUGGAACCGAAAGUCAGAAGGAGAGAGUGGACAAACUCAUGCCAGAGAAAGUGAAGAAGAGAAGAAAGGUGCAGGCAGAAGAUGGGUCUGAUGCUGGCUGGGAAGAGUGCUACCAUUACAUCUUUCCAGAAGAUGCGGCCAACCAGCCCAACCUCAAACUGCUGGCCAUGGCCAAACUUUGGAAGAGACAGCAGCAAGAAGAGUCUGCUUCAGAGCAACCCCCACAGGAAGACAUCGAUGCCAUGGAAUCCUGA